AUGUAUCAUAAUCAACCCCCAGUCUUACCUUCGUUAAGUACUACUGUUGAAUAUAAACCCGUGAACGGUGAUUCACAAAAUAUAAAACAAGAACAGCACGAUGGUUCUUUUGAUUCCAAUGUUCCCCUAACUCCUUCUCCUUCUUUGUCUCCAACCCCUACUCGAACGGACCUUCCAAAUAAUCACUCUAGAAUGUCUAUAAAUCAAUUAUGUAACGAUACUGACGAUGAGGUAAAAAAGGCCGCGGCUGUUCUAGAAAAUAUGAAACAAGAAAUACCACCUCAUUCUACACAAAUAGAACACGAUGGUUCAGGGCAGAUGCCAACCUCACCUUCUGGUGAAACGGACAAUACUUUAAUGUCACGAAUAGGAGGCGAAGAUGUAAUAAUCGGGGGUGAGAAGGAUGAUGCUUCUGCUCAAAAUCGAAAAAGGGGUGUUCAUGGUGAAUUAAGAAGUUCAUCUCCUUCAUAUAGAUCCCCCUCUCGAUCUCAUCGUUCUUCUCAAUCAAAUGGUUCUCAAAAUAGUUCUUCUCUUUACUCUUAUCCUAAUAACAACAACAAUUACACAGCAUCAAAUCCUACUACUACCGUACUACGCAAUAGAUUGCAGCAAGUACUUGUUGGUGCUGGCACCGCUGCUGGCGCCGCUGGUGCUGCCGUUAGUGAAGAAUCUAUGAAAAGUCUUAAAUAUUGUCUUCAAUGGUUAACUUAUGCUACUCAGCAUAUAGGCAACCAAAUUGCUGCCUUAAAAAGUAUUAUUGACAGUUUUACCUCCCCUGCUUCAAGUGGUGCUAUUAUAUCUCAAUCAUCUUCUAAGCUUGCUGCGAUUAAAAAGGAAGUUGUUGAUACCCUUCGCAAAGUCAUCGAGGUGGUUUCUAAAUAUGCCAGCAUUUGUCUUCCUGAGCAUGCUAAACAUAAUGUUAGAAGUUUUAUAUUAAGCCUACCCUCAAGAUGGGCUUCUAUCAAUCAUUCUGAUCACUCUUCUUCGGCUUCUCCUGCUGCUUCUCCUCGUUUACCUCCUUCAAAUGCUCAUAUUAAUCAAACCACUGAUUACGCUCGUCGUUUGUUAAGUUUAGCAAACGAAUCUCUUGAUAUGCUCCGUGGUGUUGCUGGUAUAUUUAGUGAAACUGUUGGUCGUGCUGAAGCUUGGGUUGAACGUUUAAGUUCUUUUGGUGUAACUGGUGGUGGUGCUAAUGCUAUGGGUCAUAUCCAUUUUGAUAGUAUCCCUCAGCCAAAUGGUAAUGGUUAUACUUAUAGUCAAGCUACUAGUAGUCCACCAUCUCAUUCUCCUGUAACUCCUCGGUCGCGUAGAACUUCUACUAAUUCGGCCC